AAUUUUUUUAAAUUGAUGAGUGUACCAUAUAACCAUAAAAUAUUUGAUUCAAGUUUAUUCGGUGGUAUUCCAAGCAUUCAGGAUAUAAUUAUGUAUUCCCAAAAUAAAACUGAUAACAUAUUAAAUGAAAUUAAAAUUACGGACGAACAGCACAUGGAGAAUACGUCUUUUACUGCCAGAACAACAACCAAAACAACAUCUAAAAUAACAACAAAAACAUCAAUUAAAAAGAAGGAUGCCAAACACUCUUUUGUUAAGUUAUCGGAUGGUGGAAACUUGGGAACUAGUAUUACCAAUGAGAAUGAAUUACCUAAUUCUAUAAAAAAGAAAGAAAACAUGUUUGUAACUUUAAAAGAAACAGAAGAAAAUUUUUUCUCAGAACAUGAGGCUAUGACUAACACAAAAAGCUUUGAAAGAAAUGAUUCAGAAAUGGACGGAAUUCAAUUGGACUCAAUCGAAAAGGACGAUGUUGUAACUUUAAACAAAAAACCAAAAUUGAAAAAAAACAAGAAAACUAGUUUGGAUAAACAGAACAUUUCAAUGAAAUCUAGCUUUACAAAAUUUGAUGCUCUCCAGAAACGGAAUCUUACUAAUAAUUUGGACAAUGAAAAUGAAUCCACCUGUCACAUUUGCCAAAAGCCAGUAUAUAAAAUGGAGGAAAUCAAAGCGGAAAAAUUUAAAUAUCAUAAAACCUGUUUUAGAUGUACUGAAUGUAACAAACAGUUGAAAGUGGAUAACUAUCAAAGUCACGAAGGGGCGCCAUUUUGCAUAGUGCAUUUUAAGCAACUUUUUUCUCCGAAAUGCGUUGAAGAUAAUGAACCUACUCAAGCACAAAAACCGGAAUUAAUUAUUAGAGAGAAUCAACCUGAACAAUUACCCUCAGAUGUAGUAAAAGCAUCCAUAAAGUCAGAUCUUGGUUUGGAAGAGUUACAGCAAUUAAAUCUUCGAGCUAAAUUUCAAGUAUUUGAAAACAAUAAUCAGCAACAAAAACUCACAGAUAAUAAAAAAGAACAGAAUAACGUAGUUAAGAGCAGUCGAUCAAUUUCCGAAAGAAAGGCCCAACUGCAAGAAAAUAACUUAGCUGUAAGCGAAGGAUGUGUUACCGAGAGCUAUAAGGACUCUGGUUCUGAUCACAAUAGCGAUGAUGACGAUUUUACUGACUUAAAAGACGGAUAUUCUCAUGAACAACUUAGUUGUAAUGGAAAAGCUCUGUCAGCAUUGAAGAAGAAUUUUGAAAGCGGUUCUAAAUUGUCUAAAGAAGAACGUAGGGAAGAAAGAAAACAAGAAAUACAAAACAUAAGAUCGCGUUUGUUUAUGGGUAAACAAGCCCGAAUCAAGGAAAUGUAUCAACAAGCAGUAGCAGAGUCAGAAAAAGGUAAUGGAGUUUGUGUUUAA